AUGGCCACCGAGGCCCCUGUGAACGUAGCCCCCCCUGAACGCAGCACCGCGGGCCGCACGGCCGCUGACGGCUUCAUCUGGCAGCCAGACUCGGCGAACAUGCACGUCCUCAGGCCCAAGUCCGCCAAGGGACGGACGCGGCCGAGCCUGCACAGACCGCAGGGCACAGAGCCCGGUCCUCACCGCGCGCCGGCCUCCCUGACUCCAGCCAUCCCCUGCGAGCCGCCCGGCGGCCAGAGGCCGGGAGCCUGCGCACCCAGGUCUCCAAACCAGGGAGCUCCCGGCGAGAUCCCCGAGCUGCUGCAGCAGAUGCCGGCUGGCGCUUCCUCCUCCCUCAAUAAAUACCCAGUCCUCCCUUCCAUCAACAGGAAGAGCCUGGAGGAGGGGUCUGUGGAAACAGUGGUGAAACAGGCCGGCUCCCUGCAGCUGAGCAGCACCGUGAAGACGAGUGAAGAAGAGUCCAGAGCUCCAGCUUCUUCCCCAGAGAGGAAAGUCAUCGUCCGGACCAGGAGACAGACCUCCCCCAGGGCGGGGGACCCGGAGGAGCCCUCAGAUCAAGAGCCCAGGCUGCUGCUGGCCGUCAGGUCGCCUUCGGGCGGAAGGUUCGUUCACCAUUUCUGGCCCACCGAUGCCUUACAGACAGUUGUCGCUGUGGCCGAGGACAAGAACCAGGCCAGCUACCAGCCCUGCAGCAUUGAAACCAUGGAAGUGCCCAGGAGACGGUUCUCUGACCUCACCAGAUCUCUGCAGGAGUGCAAAAUCCUCCACAAGUCGGUGCUGGGCAUCUCGCAGGAAGAAGGGGAGGGGGAGCUCUGA